AAAACAGUAUAAUUUUCAAACGCGUUUAAAAACAAAAUAACUUGAGAUUUUGACGUUAUCCUUGUCACAGAGAAUCUUUCCUAUUUCUUUACGUAUAGACACUCAGAGGAAAGACAGAGAGAGAGUUAGCAUUGUACUAUCUCUCUUUUAGAUAUAUCUCUAUCUCUCUUCACUCCAUCUUUCUCGUGUUAACACAACAGUCACAGACUCACAGAUCUUUGUCGGUGAUCGGAGAUGGAGUUCCGGGAGAAGCUUUUGAAGUUCAAGUUGCAAAUCGUGUUUGCCUUUGUUUUAUCUCUCCUCACCGUAGCUCUCGUCGCUUAUUCUCCCGGUUUCCUCACCGUUCUAUCUUACUUCUGGCCACUUUUUCUCUCCACGGCUCUCUUUCUCGCUGCCGUUUUCUUCUUCGCACGCACCUCCGAUCUCCCGGUUUCGUCUACCAUCAUCCCAGGCGAAGGCGCAGGCUUAAAAGUGGCGGCGGAAGGGAUUCUUGACUAUGUCGUCGGCGGACAACACGAAGACAUUCUCUUUGAUAGCUUCACCAAACUUGACUAAGUAUGAGACCUCUCUGUUCUUAAUUCCUUAAGUAUUUCCGUUAAUUAGUUGUUCCUUUUUUAAUACUAGAGAAAAUAAAAUUACAAAAUGUAAUAUUUUCACGAGGAAUAAAAUCUUGCUUAAGUUUAUGCUUCUAUAUUACUUAUUUUAAUCUUAUGUUUCUGUUUAGGCGCGAGGCUUCUUUU